CAGAGUCUAAUAAUUUUUUUGCACAUAUAUCUAUAUAUUCCUGGAAAGGCUGUUUUUUUUUUUUUUUUUAAUCUCAUCGGAGCAGAUACCCAGUAGACUCACCUGUCUGAACGGCUGAUUCCUGGUCCAGUGUUCUGUAGGUUUGUGGCGAAGACAUGGACCCGACCGGCGCACCGAGAGGAUGCGGUCCCAGUAUCAGCUCCAUAUACUACAACCUGUGUGACCUGACCACAGUUUGGGGGAUUGUGGUGGAGGCUGUAGCUGCUGCUGGUGUUGUGACUUCAUUUCUUCUGUUAAUCAUCCUUAUAAGCUCCCUACCAUUUGUAACAAACAAGAGGAGAAAGGGUAUGGUGGCGUUGCAGGCCGGCAUUCUGGUCUUCACUCUGGGACUGUUCGCCCUAACUUUUGCCUUCAUUGUGGGCAAAUACUCCACGACCUGUGCUGCCCGGAGGUUUCUCUUCGGGGUUCUGUUCUCUGGGUGUCUGGCGUGCCUGGUGAUGCACGGGCUGUGGCUUGUGCUGUUGCAGCGGCGUGGUCGAGGCCCCAGGAGCUGGAUGUUGUGCCUGGGGGCGUUGGGUUUGUGGCUGGUUGAGGUUAUCAUCAACACCGAGUGGCUCAUCAUCACUGUGGCCCAGAGCCCACGCAGAGGUCCUGUUGUCCCUGAUGUGUCCUGCAUCAUCGCUAACAAAGACUUCGUCAUGGCACUGAUCUAUGUGAUGGCCCUGCUGUUGGCCGUGGUGCUGAUGGCCGCGCCCUCGCUCAAACACAAGCACAAGCAGUGGCGUCAAGAUGGAGCCUUCAUCCUGGUCACGGGUCUCUUCACUACGGCUAUAUGGGUUACAUGGAUCGUCAUGUACGUCCACGGAAAUCGAGUGGUAGGAAAUCCAAGCUGGGACGAUCCCACUUUGGCUGUAGCUGUGGUGACAAACGCCUGGGUGUUCCUCUUCUUCUAUACCAUCCCUGAAAUCUGCUUACUGACCCAAGAAGACCCAGACCAGGAGCAGCCCCCUGAUGGAGACCACGUCUAUCCAGCAAGGAGCUUAGUUUAUGACAACAACCUUAAGGAGCCAGAGCCACCUCAACAGAACAUGUAUGUGGAGAAUAAGGCCUUCUCCAUGGAAGAACCUCCAACAGCACCUACAAAGCCAGUAUCUUCAUAUGGGAUCUAUAAUGGACUAAGAAGUGCCCUUUACCAGCCCACAGAAUUAGCCCUGAUUGCUAAAGGGCUAAUUAAGAGGGACCAGGACUUCACGAUCCCUAGAGCCACAACUCCAUCAAAUAUAGGCAGUAGCAGCUCCUUGCCUCGUCCUGCAGAGUCCUAACCAUUUCAAGCAGCUGUCACAUGCAGGCUGCGCCAUGAACCGAGAGCACAUUGCACUGAUACCUACAUGCUGUUGUUACAAAAACCAGGGGUUUGUUUGACUCUUAGAGUUACUAGUUUACUCUGGCAAAUUUCCAAUGAUAUGAGCCAGCUCAUUUUACAUCCUUCCUCAUUUGGUUUUCUGUUAAAUUUCAACCUUCACGUGAUACUUAGAUGUUCUCUACAUAGAUUUGAGUGUCAUAGAUGGGAUCAUUAUGAAGCUGUCAACAUUUCAUUAGGACUGCAUGUAGGAGCUAAUGUAUACUUAACCAAAAUGAAGAUUUCCAUAUGGAAAAUGUGCUUAAAGCAAUGCUGUUAAUUUACAUUGAAUAUUAGCAAAUAGUGCCUUUAACUGUCAAAUUUUCUGACCAAGUUAAGAAACAGACAGAAUCUUAAAUCCACACAAAGUGUCUAAAACACAGCUCUGCACUCAUUCAGCUGUUACGUGCUGCUUAUUUGCACAGUUGUGUUAUAAAUGUUAGUCUGGUUGUUGUCAUCUGCUGACUGUAAUAUGUUUAUCUGCUGAAUAUAUUUCCACCCCUGACAGCCGUUUGAGUGUAGUGGCUUAAAUAUAUUAAAAGUGUAAUUGUAUUUAAAAUUGUUCAUUUUAACUUAUUAAAACUAGAAAUGUUACUAAGA